AUGAUGCAUCGCCAACAACAGCAGCAACAGCAACAGCAGCAGCAGCAGCAGCAACUCCCAUCUGCAGCCCAUACUCAACAGCAGCUGCAGCAACCCCAACUGCUGCCGCCGUACAACACGCCCGCCAUCAUCAGCCGCCUCCACUUCCUCGCCCGCCACAACCCUCAACUGGCUCAAAAGCUUCAUCAGAUGGCUCUGCCACUCUCACCACUGGUCCAGCUGACCACCGGCGCUGUGCAUCCGUGUUUUCCUCGCACCGUUCUCCAGUUCUGGCUCCUCACCGACGAUCAGCUAGAGUCCCUUGCCGCAUUCUACCACCAGCGAGAUCAGUCGCCUUGGUCUGCGCAGUACCCGUGUCCGGUCGUCUGGCGCUCCGAUCUACCCCUCGAGGAUAAACGCCGGCGGAUGGGUCGCUUUAUCGGCCUCCGCGGUUGUGGUGAGGACGAGCUCGGCGCCGGCGGCGGUGCCGAUAAAUCCUCGGCAGAGGUGGCAGCUAUGGUGGGCAGCAUGCGCACCGAAGACGAGAUUGCCGAGGAGGCGCGGUUAGCUGCAGCCGAUGACGAGGUCUGGCGGCGAAAACUGAAUCCCUGGUAG